AUGCCUCUACAGCAACAGGCUGAUGUCAUUUGCAAGAAGGUGAAGGAGAUGAAAGAGCUAAGCGGUGGCUAUAACAUCGUUGGCCUAUCUCAGGGGAACUUGAUUGGCCGGGCAGUGCUCCACUAUUGUGAUGAUGGACCACCGGUCAAGAAUUUCAUCUCACUGGCGGGGCCUCAUGCUGGUACCGCUUCCGUGCCACUUUGUGGUUCUGGUAUUUUCUGUGUUAUUGCUGAUGCCCUGAUUAAAUUGGAGAUCUACUCAGACUACGUACAGGCACAUCUUGCACCAAGUGGUUACAUCAAAAUCCCAACAGAUAUGGAUGAUUAUCUGAAGGGAUGCAGAUUUCUUCCCAAACUUAACAAUGAGAUACCAGGUGAAAGAAAUGCUACCUACAAGGAAAGGUUCAGCAGCUUAGAGAAUUUAGUGCUGAUCAUGUUUGAGAAUGAUAUCGUCGUCAUACCCCGGGAAACUUCAUGGUUUGGUUAUUAUCCUGAUGGAGCCUUUGAGCCAGUCCUACCUCCUCAGCAGACAAAGCUAUAUCAAGAAGACUGGAUUGGUCUGAAGACCCUGGACGAGGCCGGGCGAGUCAAGUUCGUGUCGGUGCCAGGAGGCCACCUGGGCAUCUCCAACAGUGACAUGAGGAAACACAUUGUGCCUUACUUGAAGGACAAACCAUCUGCUUCCGCUUCGCUCGCCGCCACCUGGCACGCCGUCGGGGAAGCGCUCGGGCUGAUGGGGGACGAUGUCGGCGUCCUCCUUCAGUCCUCAACAUGA